CACACACAGAGACAAAAAAAAAAAAAAACUGAAAGAUGUUGGAAGAGACUUCAACUAGUUCGAGCGCCGCUGCCGGAGCUUUUCCGGAGGUUUUGUUCCGGUCGCCGGUUGUUUUGAGUUCAAUCGGAGAUCCAUCCACCUCCGUAACUGCACAGGCUUUGCAUUUCUCUUCCGGAAACCCUAGAAUUGAAGAGAUCAGAGGCGUAAUGCAUUUCUACCGCGAUGACAUGGCUUCAUCGUCUUCUCAGCUUCCAGUUGAUAGAAAGCCUCUGAUUUGUGUACUUGGGGUCCCCAAUCACAUGACAUAUGCAGACUUUUGUCAGUUCUGUGGCUCAUUCAUUCAGCACAUGUUGGAAAUGCGAGUUGUCAGGACAGAGGGAAUGGAGGAUCGAUACAUUGUUUUGAUCAGGCUGGAUGAUCAAAAUUCAGCAGAUUCAUUUUACAAGCAUUUCUGUGGAAAGCGCUUUUCGUCUCUUGAGGAGGAGACCUGCCGCAUGUUUUUCACUAUAGAUAUACAGUAUACUGGAUCCAUUGAGCACUCACAGCCUUCCACUGCAAGCUCUGUAGAGCAGCCCUCUUGUCCAGUCUGUCUCGAGAGGUUAGACCAAGAUACAGGUGGAAUUCUUACUACAAUCUGCAAUCACUCCUUUCACUGCUCUUGUAUUUCUAGAUGGACAGACUCUUCUUGCCCGGUAUGCCGAUAUUGCCAGCAACAACCUGAGAAAUCAAUAUGUUAUGUUUGUCAAACUUCGGAAAAUCUUUGGAUGUGUGUCAUAUGCGGCUCUGUUGGCUGUGGGAGUUACAAGAACGGGCACGCCAUAAGCCACUGGAAAGAAACAGAACACUGCUAUUCCCUUGAACUGGAAACUCAAAGAGUGUGGGACUAUGCUGGUGACAACUAUGUUCAUCGACUGAUCCAAUCUAAAACUGAUGGAAAGUUGGUUGAGUCGAAACACCAUUGCUUGCAUAAUAAUGAUGGUUGCAGUGAUUGUACUGGAUACAGUGGCACUGUUUUGGACAAUGAAGUUGAAUAUAUAGUGAAUGAGUACAAUGAACUUCUUACUUCACAACUUGAAAGCCAGAAAAUUUAUUUUGAAUCUUUACUGCAAGAAGUUGAAGAAGACACAGCAAGAGAAUGUUGUUUAGCCGUUGAGAAAGCUCUGAAU